AUGACGACCCUAACAGGGGAAGAAACAGGAGGAAUGGAAGGAAGGGGAGAAACAGAUUCAAAUGAAGGUUCGUCGAUAGUGACUUUCAAUGAACUUUCUUUGCAUUGUGUUAAUUUGUCUAAUUUAACACUAAAUUAUGAGAUGUUAAAUGUUUUAUAUAAAGGAAGUAAGUUUGUUCCAACAUUUUUCCCAUCAUUAGCUGACAUUUACUUUGAGGUUAAAUGCUUUAUUAGGAAGCUUUUACUCAGAGUUUAUUUUUUCAGAAGGGAGAAAUUAAAUACUUCCAUUCCAACUGUUAAUGAGGAAUCCAGUGAUUCGGAAAUAGAUGAAGAUUUAUGUAACUUGUCUAUUUACAAUUAUGAGCUUGAACCAGAUAUAAUUGAUAAUAAUAGUGAUGUACCCACUGUUGAAAAUGUUGAAAAUGUUAAUUUUUUAACUGGUUAUGGAAAUUAUGAAGUGUCAUCCAUUAAUGAAGUAAAUAUAGGGUACCACAAAAUUGAUUUAUUCUUGGAAGAACUAUUGUUAGAUGAAAGGAUUGAUUCAGAUAUGUACAAUUAUUUGAAGGAUGAAAAUCCCAUUAUCAGCACUAUAGUGGAAAAACUCAAUAGUUACGUCAUUCUGAAAGUGAAAAAUGCAAGAAAUACUACUGCAGCUAGGCAAGGAUGUGAACCGUGCUGGGAGCAGGACUACAUGUUAGAACUUGAUGAUUUACUGUAUGAUCUUGUCGUAGAAGUGUGGAACAAAGGUUUAAUACGAGAUGCCUUUUUAGGCGCUGUGUCAAUUCCACUUACUGAGGUGGAUUAUGCUACUGAAGAAGGCACUGGAACAUGGUGGGCAUUAUAUACUGAUACCAUCCAAAAUGAAAAUGAUGUUAGCAGCACAGAAGAUCUGGCACCACAUGAAAUUUUGCUGGAUUUAUUCUUUGUAUUGUCUGAUGGUAUCCCACUUGAUGAAGCCUACUUAUUGUUACAGAAACUCAAAGGCUCUAAAACAGAUUACCAAGACCAGGAAAAUUUUGAAAUACAAUGCUCACCCAGACUUCCUUCUGAGGAUUCACAGUUUCAUAAGAACUAUAAACAAUAUGAUGAUCAGAACAGUGGUUGUAGAACAGAUCACAAUGGAACAUCCUUGCAAAAGUCAAGCUGUAAUCAAGUCAGGCACCCACAUAUAUCAUCUAAAGGCUUCCCUGUGAAUCAAGAUGCAGAAGGGAAUUUAAGAGAGGAAGAAAUUGUGUGUAGAAGCAGUAUUGCAAAAGCAAGGUGGGCAAAUGCUAUCCAAAAGGUAAAGCUGCUAUUUUAACAUUUAAAGAAAGAUGACAAGUCUACAAUAAUGGUUCUGCUUUCAAAGUGCACUUUACUUAUGCGAUUACUGUAAGAUGGACCACAGCUUUGGGAUAUUAAAUGCUCUGAAAUGUUAUGCAUUUCUGCAGAAAACAUACAAUAACUGUUACUGUUAUAUUGCAUUGACACCAGGCAUGGUAAUAUGGUAAUCAAAGAGUAAACACAAAGCGGCUGAUGUGAUCUGAGAUUCUGAGGAUUGGCAAAUGAAAAUAUUUGUUUAAAGUUAUGAAAGCAUUUUUUUUGUGGUUUGAUAUGAAAAGUUUAAAACAUAAUAUGGUUAUGGGUAAAUGCAUAUGCAAACUAUUUUCUUUUUAACUACACUGGGUUACUAUGUGCUAGUAAAUUAUUCAGUUGCAAUUGGGACACUCU